CUCCCAUAUUUAACAUUCUACCUAAACCAUUAAUCAUUUAAAAACGAACCCACACAAACUACAUUUAGUGUACCUAUUCUAGCUUUGACUAUCAUCAACAUGCCGCCGUUUCACAAAUAUAGGGAUAUCGAAGUGGAGGUGACUGGCCAAAUCGGCAUUAUCAAGCUAAACAGACCGGAGGCCCUCAAUGCAUUCAGCAGCGUGCUAAUGUCCGAUGUUAUCUCUGCAAUAAGGGAACUGGACGAGCAUUCCGAUACUGUUUUCACUGUUCUCACGGGGAAAGGCCGAUUUUUCUCCGCAGGAGUGGAUGUGAAGGGGGAGGAAAUAGGCCUUGGGGAUGUUCCUGCCGCCGAGAAAAAAGUGCGUGCGUUGUCUAAAUUGGCCAGAGCUACGGAAAUGUUACGUUUGAUUAUCGACCACAAAAAGGUAUUUGUCCUUGCCCUUAAUGGGCCUGGUGUAGGUGGUGGCGCAGCUUGGUUUCAGGGAGUUGCCGACAUUGUGUUAGCUGCAGAAGGGGCGUGGAUGCAAGUCCCCUUCAGUGCUCUCGGUUUAGUACCGGAGAACGGCUCGGCUAUAAACUUUGCGCAAAGUAUGGGGGUGCAUCGGGCCAACGACUUUCUCAUGUUUGGUCGGAAAUUGACGGCGGAGGAGUUAGAACAGUGGGGAUUGGUGAAUCGUAUUUUUCCUGCCAACGAUUUCCAUAAGAGGGUUGUGGAGUUCCUUGAGGAUCAACUGGCUGUGAAUGAUGGCAAAAGCAUGAUGGAGACCAAGAGAUUGCAGAAUGCACCCUUGCGAGACGGGAGAAUUAUUGCUUUGUUCAACUCUAUUGAUGCCCUGGCGGAGCGAAUUGUAGAGGAUGCACCAACUAAACGAUUUAUGGAGAAAAAGAAGGAGUUGAAGCUUAAGAGCAAAGGCUCGAAACUCUGAAACCUUAUUGCAAUAUCCGAAAAAUUGGCCUCGAGAUCGCCAUUACCUCGUUACAAUACUACGAGGAGGCUUAGCUAAAAAAAAAUGUUUCUAAACAAGCACGUGAAAGGUUCUAUCACUCUCACCUAUUUCGAACAGCGCAGUGAAAAUGUGUGAGUUCUAUGGUAAAGACUGUAUAUUUGGUCAUUAACUGAUCUUGAGACUUCGAACAUGAGGCGCAUACCGUCCCAACAACCAUUUCCAUAGGAUUUCCCCCAAUAGGAUGCACAUCGUGAGACUUUACCCACGUUGUCGAAUUCCCCGAUCAUAUCCUUCUCAGAGUCGGCUGGCCUUUUCUUUCUCGAAACAUUGAUGUACCGCUUUCCAAUCACGUCCUCUAGGUAACGUACAUGUAUAACGAACCGGCCAAACAAGCGAACCGGCCAAUCCAUUUUACACCUUAAAUCACGAAUUUCAUAACUUAAUAUCUCAACAACCC